GAAAACCCCUUCCUUCCUUUCACUCCUUUCUUCUCUCACUCUCUCUGUUUACGAAAACAACGCUCGCUGAAGAACGACAACAACAACAACAGCCAUGGACGUGGACUUGGGAUUGAUCGAGCUGAAGAAGGCUUACGCCGAUGUCAUCAUGAACACGGUGAAAGAUGCAUCGAGUAGGAUUAUGGUAUCUGAACGAAAAGCUGCACAUUUUCAGCACGAGCUUAAUGUUGCUCGUGAACAAGGUGUUCAGACACUGCUUCAGCUCAAACGAGUGAUGGAUUCUAAGGUUUAUGAAGCAGAGAAGAUAUCUUCAGAUCAGCAAAGAAAGAUUGAGGAGCUCACGUUGCAGCUCCAAGAAGCGGAAAAUUUUAUUUAUGAAAGCCAUGUGACGGCCUUUAAUCAACAUAGCAAAAUUGAAGAACUUGAGGCACAGCUUCAAGAAGCUGAAGACAUAGUAAAGGACCUUAGGGAAGAGAUUCCAAUUUUGCAGGCUCAUUUGAAGAGAGCAAAAAUUUCUAACCUGGAUUAUCUGGAGAAGUUAAAUUCAUUUGGUCUGGAAGAUAAAUCUCUGACAAACAGCAUAACCCUGCCAGGUUCUGCGUCUGAGGAUCCAGCCGUAAAAGUUCAAGGAGCCUGUGAGAAAACUGCUUCCGAUUCUAUACUGUCUGAAAUUGUCGCGCAGACAAAAGACCUAGCUUCCUCUUCAUUAAAUAGGUCUAUCGACGAAAAUGAUUCAAAUAAACCUACUUUACCUGUCAUUGAAGUGAAAAGCAAUGUAUCAGAGCCUUUCAGAAAUCGUCGAACUCAACGAAUUCUAGCAUUUGAAGAGAAGAUCAUGGCUGGGGAGUUAUGGUUUCGUAAUCCAACAGACAUUAUAGACAGGGAAGUGGCGAGACCAAAUAACGAAGAAGCUGUGGAGGAUUGUAAAAAAGCAAACAAAAGGAAAGACAUAGUGCGAAUUAGGUCCACUAGGAAAGGGAAAAGAACUUACAGGAAACCAAAAACAUCCUCACUAAGAUUCCUUGCUGAACAGGCCAUGAUAAUAGAACAAGCUUCUUCUGUGUCUGAUGAGGCAAACCAUGCUGUUAAUCAAGUGGAUGCCAAAGUUGCUGUAAUCGACGAAAAGUCUAAAGCUGAAACAGCUAAUAUUGUCUUUCUGAUUAAGCAAGAAAAUGAUGGCACUGCAGAUCUGAUAGGGAAACAUGAUGCACAGGAGGCGAAGUCGGUAGCUAGUAGGGUAAUCAAGUUCACAUACCAAAGGAAACAGAAGAAAGAGUCUUUGAGCUGCAAUAAUGAAACAUUUGUAGAGAACAAAAACAGUCAACAGGUUGCACAGGUUGUUCAUCAGGAAAAUGCGGUAGAGGAGAUGAAGAUGGCGUGAUGUGAUGUGAUGUGAUCAAACAUGUUUGGUUAACUUGACAUAAUCUCAACAACAACACCAAAUGUAAAUGGAAAUCCCCUUUUUCCUAUUACUAGAGUUGGUAAAUGGUUAGUUAAUAUAGUUAGUUAACCUUUGCACAAUUGUGGUUUAUUUAUGAUGAAUUCCUUAUUCUGUUGGCAUCGUCAAUGUUGUUGUGGUUGUGUUAUUAUUUAGGCAUGUCGGUUUGAUUACCUUGUGAAUUUGGUAUAAUAGUACAUCGUAACGGUAAUGUUUGUUUAGUUGAAUAUGUCAGAUUUUGAACCCG